GUUCGAGAUCGGUAAUUAUGGUGAAUCAAACAUUGCUGAUUGAAACUCAGAAAAACAGGGAAAAACCGCAAACGACGGCGUUCGCGCUCCCAGGUUUGUUGUUUCUUCUUCAACGCCGGCGUUCUCUGUCUAUCGAAAGUCGAUUCCUUUUUUGUUUGUUUGGUUUCUGCGUUGAGAUUGAGAAAUGCGAUCAUCUUUGCGGCUUCUAGUUGGGCCUUUAUCGCAGAGCCGGCGAGGGUUUUGUUCGAGCUCCGAUAAGAUCGUAGCUUCGGUGCUUUUCGAGAGACUGCGCGUUGUGAUACCCAAACCGGAUCCUGCUGUUUACACUUUUCAGGAGUUCAAAUUCAACUGGCAACAGCAGUUUCGUCGUAGAUACCCGGAUGAGUUCUUGGACAUAGCUAAGAACAGAGCCAAGGGUGAAUACCAAAUGGACUAUGUUCCUGCUCCUAGAGUUACAGAGGCUGACAAGAAAAACGAUAGGAAGUCAUUGUAUAGAGCUCUUGACAAAAAAAUGUAUCUUCUCAUCUUCGGCAAGCCAUUUGGAGCUUCUAGCGACAAACCCGUGUGGCAUUUCCCGGAGAAAGUCUACGAUUCUGAGCCAACUCUUCGCAAGUGCGCAGAAUCUGCUUUGAAGUCAGUCUUAGGAGACCUCACUCACACAUACUUUGUUGGAAACGCUCCAAUGGCUCACAUGCUCAUACAACCUACAGAAGAAACGCCUGAUCUGCCAUCUCACAAGAGGUUCUUCUUCAAGUGCAGUGUAGUAGCAGCAUCGAAAUACAACAUAAGUAACUGCGAGGAUUUUGUUUGGGUGACGAAAGACGAGCUUUUGGAAUUCUUCCCUGAGCAAGCUGAUUUCUUCAGCAAGAUGAUCAUUAGCUGAGUCACACUCACACUAGAACAACUCCUAUUUGAUUUCCCUUCUUCAUCACCACCUUCUGGUUUUAGACAAGUUAAUCUAUAGACAUAGUGUUGGUGUGUGUAAGUUCUCUGUAAUAACCUGACCAGACCAUGUCUCUGGUUUUUUAUGAAUAAAUUAUUAUUUUUUGGUUGACAUCAGAAGUAGUUGAAUGUAGUUUGGCUUCUUUCUCAUCCUUUUUAUACAUCAUCUCGUCUUCGAUUA